GUUUUCCGAAUUCCCCCAUACGAUUGACCAUCAUGUUCACCGCUGCAAGUUGCUCUGCAUUACGCGCCGGUGCGCGCACCUUUAGGCCUGUAACAGUGACAUCUAGUCUAUUACUCCGGUCGUACAUGACUCUCAAGUCUACUAAAUACACCGUCACAGCUACAGCCCAAGGCUCAGGUCGAAACGGUUCCGUAUCUUCAAAUGGUCUCAAUCUGAACCUCGCAUUGCCGAAGGAGCUCGGUGGUACUGGAAAUGGGGAGAAUCCUGAACAGUUGUUUGCGAUGGGAUAUGCUGCGUGUUUCUUGGGAGCCAUUCAAGCCGUCGCAGCGCAACAGGGUAAGAAGGAAAUGGCCUCAAGAGCCACGGUCCACGCGACUGUGGCGAUCGGAGAGCCUGAAGGCAUGCCUGGGUUCGGAUUGGGAGUUGAUAUCAAGGUUGAGGGUAUUGAUGAGGAGUUGUUGAAGGCAGGGCAUGAGUUCUGUCCCUACAGUCGACUGGGAAAGGAAGGAAUCCUUGUACGAGUAUCGUUGGCGUGAUGCAAUUGCGGGAGAGACAUUCUGUACAAGUGCUUGGUUCGCAAUGUUAUCUGUAACACUAGGAUCUCCAAAGGAUUCCCUCUAUUCAUGAUACCCUGAGCAAGACGUGCGGGAGAAGGGCCUGUGAAGAAUUGACAUAUGGCCAAGUAAGAAAUCAACUAGUCGAAAGUACAUGAAUGUAGGUUAAGCCAUUUCCACCUAUCUUCAUCAAACAUGGAAUCAUUCAAGACAACUCUCACUGUUAGGUUGCAGCCCAGCUACUUCUGUCGAUUGUCCGUGGUGCACGUUGAACCACUGAAAGAAGUGUAUUUGGAAUAGCAUCACCGCUGUUGUAAUAUUUCAAGCCAUUGGUGUUCUGGUAAUAGUAGCCCCCGUCUCGAUUGGAGUAAUGGUAGGAAUUUCCAUAGUCGCAAUUGCACCAGUGUUUUCCCUAAGGCUAUGUGAGCGGAAAGCAGAUAGAAUGAGAGACGUACCUGACUGUUCGUUCCAGAACCGGUUGGAUGGUAUAAUGGUCGAAGAAUGCC